UAUUAACAAGAGAUUUGGAACUAUUACAACUUUGAGAUCCAGGCACAUUAAGGAUCUUCCGGAGGAGGUGAUGAGAGUGAGGAGUACGUGCAUGGAGCCACUACCGGAAGAGAUGAAAACACAGAGUGUUAGAUUUGUAAAAUCUCAACUUCUUGGUGGCAAGGACAGUAAUGUUUGUUCUUACAAGCAAAUGGAGAUCCCAAAGAGCCCCAACCACGCAAUGGAGUUCCUCAGUAGAUCAUGGAGCCCAUCUGCAUCUGAUUUCCUACACGUAUUUUCAUCCAAUAACCUCUUGUUGUCUAGAGACACAAAAGAACAAGAUGAUAGAAGUUUGACGAGUGGAGGCAGCACAAAUACAGCGGUAAUACAGCAAGACAACAUUAAGAUGGACUUCAAACACCCAAAGACAUGGCUAAGGGGAAAAUCCUGGACUACCUUAUUAAGGUCACCAAAGGAGCAGAAGAAAGAGGAAAAGCGACUGCACACAGCCCAGCUACAUGCUGCCCUUUCACUCACUCAGCUUGCUGCAGCCAUUGCUGGAACUGCCAGCAGCGUAGGCAAACAAGAGAGUUCUCCAUUCCAAAAUGGAAGAACAGAAGUACCAAGUCAGGAUAUGGGCGAUGUACUCUCUUCUGCUGCUGCAUUAUUAACCAAUGUGUGUGCUGAAACAGCAGAAUCACUUGGUGCUCACAAGGCACAAGUUAGAACAGCUGUUGAAUCCGGCAUGGCCAUUCAAAGUCCAAUAGACAUGAUAGCAGUUACAGCUACAGCAGCAACAUGUUUAAGAGGAGUUUCCCUUCUGAAAUCAAGAGCCAUGGAAGACCCUUUUUCCAGGAUUCAAGAGAUGCUUAAAAUAAGUGCCGAGAUCUGCACAAUUAUGCCUUCUGGACGCAAAGAAUGCACAAGGGUCAGUGUCUAUCUAAAGCAUGAUCAUCUCGUGUUCUGUUUCAGAAAGAAGUACUUUGGAGGAGCCUUGACAUCUGCAAAAGAGUAUCAGAUCACCAACAUUAGUGAGGAGAGGACGGAGCACCAGGGGAACUCUUUGCUGUGUCUGAAGACUAAGAACGGUAUUAUAAAGCUGGUAUUCGAAGAUGAGAUGCAAUCAAAAAUCUGGAUAUCAACCAUUCUCAAUCUCUUGGAGAUGCGCAACCCCAGCCGGCAACGGCAAGCUAUUCAUACUGAUUAGCCAUUCUCAACUCA